GCGGAGAGUUGGAUCCUGGGCAACGGAGCAGACGACAACACUGAAAGCUGCUGUGUUGCUGUGGGCAAGCUAACUUCUCAAUGUGAAGCUAUCCCAUGAUGCAACAUGUGUCCCCAGCACCUGCAGUGACAAUGAUGGCCACCCAGAGUGUUCCUCCACCAUCGUACCAGGAGAGCCAACAGAUGACGGGUACCACUCAGCAGAACACUAAGACCCCACAGGUCCAUAUCCCAGCAGCCACCGCAACAGGAAAUACCUCUGUCAGUGUGACCCUUGACCCUCAGGCCCAGCUUGAGUCUGACAAAAGAGCCGUUUACAGACAUCCGUUGUUCCCCCUGCUGGCAUUGUUGUUUGAGAAAUGUGAGCAGGCCACACAGGGAUCUGAAUGCAUCACGUCAGCCAGCUUUGAUGUGGACAUAGAAAACUUUGUGCACCAGCAGGAACGAGAACAUAAGCCCUUCUUCAGUGAAGAUCCAGAGCUGGACAACUUGAUGGUAAAGGCCAUUCAGGUGUUGAGGAUCCACCUACUGGAAUUAGAGAAGGUCAAUGAGCUCUGUAAGGAUUUCUGCAACCGUUACAUCACCUGCCUGAAGACCAAGAUGCACAGUGACAACCUCCUCCGUAAUGACCUGGGAGGACCCUAUUCUCCAUCACACACCAGUCUCAGCAUGCAGCAGGAACUAAUUCAGACCUCCUCUCCAUCCAUGACCUCUGUCUCCAGCUCUGUUAACCCUUCAGGGAUUGUGGUGCCUGCCGGGGGUCUGCAACAGAGCAAUGUCGCCAUGACUACCAUCAACUCUCAAGUGGUAUCGGGUGGGACCCUGUACCAGCCGGUUACCAUGGUGACAUCACAAGGACAAGUGUUAACGCAGGCGCUGCCGCCAGGAACCAUCCAGAUCCAGAACUCGCAGGUAAACGUGGACCUGUCAUCUCUGUUGGACAGUGAAGACAAGAAGUCCAAGAAUAAGAGGGGCGUUCUGCCCAAACACGCCACCAACAUCAUGCGGUCCUGGCUGUUUCAGCAUCCCAUGCACCCGUACCCAACAGAAGAUGAGAAAAGGCAGAUUGCUGCACAAACAAGUCUAACCCUUUUGCAAGUGAACAACUGGUUUAUCAACGCUCGUCGGCGUAUCCUCCAGCCGAUGCUGGAUGCCAGUAACCCAGACCCAGCUCCUAAAGCGAAGAAGAUGAAGUCCCAGCACCGUCCCACACAACGUUUCUGGCCUGACUCCAUCGUGGCUGGAGUUCUGCAGACGCACAGAUCUCAAACAGGAAACAACUCAGACAACCCGCUGAGCAUGGACAGCCUCCAGUCACUGUCCUCAGACUCAGCCACCCUGGCCAUGCAGCAAGCCAUGCUGGGUGCCGAUGACUCCAUGGACGGCACCGAGGAGGACGAGGAAGAGGAGGAGGAGGAAGAAGAGGAGGAAGGAAUGGAGGAGGAGGAAGAGGAGGAGGACGUGGAUGAGGAAAACGACAGGGGGAGGCAAAGGAGAGAUCUGAGCAUGGAGCACAGAGAGGAACUGGAGUAGUGGAACAGGGGGAAAGGACUAUAUGAACUUUGACCACAGUUGUCCACUUAAAUACGGCCUCAUUCAAACUCCAACUAGACGGCUCUAAUGUAAAGUGACUCUUGGGAGCAUUUAAGGGCAUAUUAGGUUUUCUCAACGUUCAUCAGAGACUCUUCUGCGGAGCCUAAUCAGACACAAUGACCAUCACAAUCAUGAUUAUAGAGAAUGAAUAUUAGUUUAAUGAUGAAUAUGUGUUGUUCCAUUUUAUGACAGUAUGUCCUCAUGCAGUGAGCUCCAGAAAUAUUCAGAUAGUAACACUUUUUCUUACUUUUUUUUUUAGCUCCUAUUAUUUCUGGAAAGAAAUGACACAGAAACUUAAAGGUUGAAUAGAUUACUGUCAGUUUUAAAUUGAAGACGUUUUUGCUCAUUUUACUGUGAUGGUUAAAAAAGAGAGCAAUGACAUUUUCUGUCUGUUUUGAAUUCAGGAUACAGUGAAAUGAAAAUUGAAACGCUGGAUAGUAGAAUGAAGAGUCUGAAGUAGCUGCACAUGCAUUAAAAAAAAACUAAAAUAAAAUCUUUGCACAGUGAUAAUUGCUGAUUGAAUGUGUAAACAACUACUUAACUGAUUGUAAUCUGUCCAGAAUGUUUUACCAGCAUGAAGUUAGUCACAAAAAAGGGCUGCAGCUUUUUUUUAAACUGUUUAUUCUGAAUGAAAGUACAACAUUUUCAACUGACGGCUCACAAUUUAACUUUGCCGUUCAUGUGUCAUUUGGUUUCCUAAAAUAAAAGUGAGGCACAAAAAAAAAAAAGUGUCAUGCUGUGCAGAUAUCAGCAUCCACUGCUGGGACAUAAUUCGCGCCUUUUAGCUGACUCAUAUGUUCUCAGGUUGAGCAACACUCUCAUACGAUGUGUUUCUUUCUCAUGAGCGAAACACUUCACUUCA